CAUUCUCCCUUCCCCAAACAGCAAAUGAUCACUAAAGAGUAUGAGCUCUUCGACUUCCGGCGUACCGAGGUUUCUCCGUUGCUGCUUCUCUUGGACCGUUCAGAUGACGCCAUCACUCCGCUUCUGAACCAGUGGACGUACCAGGCCAUGGUCCAUGAACUGCUAGGGAUUAACAACAAUCGGAUCGAUCUCUCGCGUGUUCCGGGCAUCAGCAAGGAUCUUCGGGAAGUGGUUUUGUCUGCCGAAAAUGAUGAGUUUUAUGCCAAUAACAUGUACCUGAACUUUGCAGAGAUUGGCAGCAAUAUCAAGAACCUCAUGGAAGACUUCCAGCGCCGGAAGCCGAAGGAGCAGCAGAAGCUGGAGUCCAUCGCAGACAUGAAGGCGUUUGUGGAGAACUACCCACAGUUCAAGAAAAUGUCCGGCACGGUCUCCAAGCAUGUCACUGUGGUGGGGGAGCUUUCCCGACUGGUCAGCGAGAGGAACCUGCUGGAGGUGUCUGAGGUCGAGCAGGAGUUGGCUUGCCAGAGUGACCACUCCAGCGCUCUGCAGAACGUGCGGCGGCUCUUGCAGAACCCCAAGGUGAGCGAGCUGGACGCCACCAGGUUGGUGAUGCUCUACGCCCUCCACUACGAGAGACACAGCAGCAACAGCCUCCCCAUCCUCAUGACGGAUCUGAAGAACAGGGGGAUUUCUGAGAGACACCGCAAGGUGCGUGGCAGGGGUUUCCUCUGGGGUGGGGAAUCCUUUGCUCCGUGGACAACGUCAGGGCUAAAGACGACGAGGAAGUUGCCAUUCAGUCCAGAAGUCAAACCGAACACCAAGCCCCCGCCCCCAUGCCCACAGUUUGUCACAGCAGACUUCCUGUGUCUCAGCACAACUAGCCAAUGCGUGGACUGCUAUGAGCAUUUCAUAGAAUCAUAG